AUGAAGGACGACAACGCCGACUACGACGACAGUCGCAGCAGGAGCAGCAGCGAUGGCUUCAGCGAUAAUGAAGGAGAUAGCGAGCACAAUGAUCGCUUUUUGAUGGAGCAGGAAUCUAGAGCCAUGGAGCGGAGAUCCCGGACGGUUGGCUUCCGCGAAGGCAUUGACGUCGGCAAAGAAGAAACGUUGCAAGAAGGGUUCAACGCAGGGUACCUCGUCGGUGCGUCACAAGGAUUCCGAAGUGGCGUGCUGCACGGACUUCUUCGAUCGUACACAUCGCAAUUCCCGAAUCUCGCGUCCACGGACCACGUUGCACUCUUGGCUACGUUGCGCGAGAAGGAGCAAUCGUCCAUCACUCGCGGCGACAUCCCUUCCACCAAUGCGUCCGACGUCGACGCCGUGCACGCCAUCUUGGCCUCUGCCUUUCCCAACUUCUCAUCGCACAUGGCGGCACAUCACGACAAGGCCAACCAUCCCGUCCCACCGCCGCCACCGCCGCUACAAUCUCAAUAA